AUGCUCAGAAGAAUAAAUAGGCCUAGCGUACGCUCAGUCAAAACCCUUCAUACUCCAAUUUAUGACGGUAGACAGCUGGCUACUCGCCAAUAUCUACUUAAUGAUAUUGCGAUACUCGAUAAAGUUCUAAACUCAACAUCACAUAAUAAAUCGAUUUUAUACACCAGCAAAUACAAACGACUACCAUUAAUGAUUUCCGGCAAUGAUUCUGUCCGUGUGAACCAAUUCGUCAGAGAAUUAUCGGAUUCGAUGCAACUUUCCGAAACGCUCAAUCAGCAGCGGCAAAGAGAUCCUGCCAAGAAGCUGGGAAAGAUAGGGUUGCAACUUUUUAUGAGCUGCCACGACAAUAACAUCACGCCUUUGAGCACUAGCUUGACGUGUAAUCUGAUGGAGCAUUACAAUCGCUAUCCAUACAAGGAGACUGUUGAAGGCAUUUGCGAGUCAAUUGCACAGGUGCGGGAAAUUAUUGACCAGAAUAAAAUCAUUCUCGAUGAGCCUAGAGAUAUUGAUAAGUUAGUAGAUAAACUUGCAAAGACUACUCGGGAUGCCGAAACCAUCAAGAGAGUUUUGUCUAUCUUAGAUUAUCAACUGUACUCAGAUGAUGUGGUUCGAGUUGUUAGAGGAAGGAAAACUUACGAUGAGGUCGAGGUAGCUGAGGGCUGGAAGUACCCUUGUGGUGUGAUGAAUACGGAUGAGGCAUAUCUUAGAUCUUUGGAGCUGCCGACCAACAAAAUCGUUUCGAUUAAUAAGGAGAGUUUAGUUGUUGUCUUUGAUGGUACUUUACGUGAAGCGGACAAGAUUCUGCCUUCAUUGCACUACGCUUCCAAGCAAGGCAAAUCGCUUGUCGUGGUAGUAUCAGGCGAAUGCGUUGGCGAUGCAUUGACAGCUAUAACAAUCAAUAAUAACAAGAACAAACGCCAAGGCGUUGACUGCAGGACUGUCAUCUUGCGAUACAUUGAAAAAGACCAUAACAAUACCCGACUAGAGGAAAAUUUAGAUUUCAUCCAAUUUUUGAAGUUACCUCGGGCACUAGGGAGUAUCUACUCGCCCAAAUUCAGUGAAUGCGUCCCCAGCUCUGCUUCGGCACCCGAAUUCUAUGGUGUAAUUGAGUCUUUAAAGGCAACUACCGGAGAAGCGUUUCUUUACAACUCACAAGAGCCUGAAGAAGAGAUUAAUAACGAUGCUCUACGUACCACACUCACUGUGAAGGUGGGGGGUGACAGCGAGUUCGAAAUCGAUCAAAGAAGAGCAGAGCUCGACCACAUAGCGAACGAUGUGCUCUGUCAUGGUCUCGCUGAUGGCUGGGUACCCACGCUCGGCGUAGCGCUUGCCAAGAGCAUCCCUUAUCUGAAAAUCUCUGAUAGAGAAGACCAGAAGCGGGUGGGCACUGAGGCUGUCACUGAAAGCCUCACGCUGCCUCUGGAGCAUGCGAUGAGUAAUCUUUUUUACUUCAACAAAUUUAAGGCUGCGCAAUUAAUAGGGCAGACUAUUACAGAGCCUGAAUUUACAACCGCAUAUCUUGAGGAACCUACGUGUAUGAGACAAGCUGGCCUUUUAGAGCCCUGGAACAAAGUAGAUAAAUGUUUGUCCAAUGUCGCAAAUUUCAUCAAACUCUUAUCCAGUUGCGACGUUCUCAUAGCCAAGUUUUUCGAUAAACCAAAAAAGAAGUAG